AUGGCGGGUCCCUACUCCCCCGUCCUCUCAGGGUCCCUCAGUAGGGACGGGGGCGGGGGCGGGCGCGGGACGGGGGCGGGGGCGGGCGCGGGACGGGGGCGGGGGCGGGCGCGGGACGGGGGCGGGGGCGGGCGCGGGACGGGGGCGGGGGCGGGCGCGGGACGGGGGCGGGGGCGGGCGCGGGACGGGGGCGGGGGCGGGCGCGGGACGGGGGCGGGGGCGGGCGCGGGACGGGGGCGGGGGCGGGCGCGGGACGGGGGCGGGGGCGGGCGCGGGACGGGGGCGGGGGCGGGCGCGGGACGGGGGCGGGGGCGGGGGCGGGCGCGGGACGGGGGCGGGGGCGGGCGCGGGACGGGGGCGGGGGCGGGCGCGGGACGGGGGCGGGGCGGGCGCGGGACGGGGGCGGGGGCGGGCGCGGGACGGGGGCGGGGGCGGGCGCGGGACGGGGGCGGGGGCGGGCGCGGGACGGGGGCGGGGGCGGGCGCGGGACGGGGGCGGGGGCGGGCGCGGGACGGGGGCGGGGGCGGGCGCGGGACGGGGGCGGGGGCGGGCGCGGGACGGGGGCGGGGGCGGGCGCGGGACGGGGGCGGGGGCGGGCGCGGGACGGGGGCGGGGGCGGGCGCGGGACGGGGGCGGGGGCGGGCGCGGGACGGGGGCGGGGGCGGGCGCGGGACGGGGGCGGGGGCGGGCGCGGGACGGGGGCGGGGGCGGGCGCGGGACGGGGGCGGGGGCGGGCGCGGGACGGGGGCGGGGGCGGGCGCGGGACGGGGCGGGGGCGGGCGCGGGACGGGGGCGGGGGGGGGCGGGACGCGGGCGGGGGCGGGCGCGGGACGCGGGCGGGGGCGGGCGCGGGACGGGGGCGGGGGCGGGCGCGGGACGCGGGCGGGGGCGGGCGCGGGACGGGGGCGGGGGCGGGCGCGGGACGCGGGCGGGGGCGGGCGCGGGACGCGGGCGGGGGCGGGCGCGGGACGCGGGCGGGGGCGGGCGCGGGACGCGGGCGGGGGCGGGCGCGGGACGCGGGCGGGGGCGGGCGCGGGACGCGGGCGGGGGCGGGCGCGGGACGCGGGCGGGGGCGGGCGCGGGACGCGGGCGGGGGCGGGCGCGGGACGCGGGCGGGGGCGGGCGCGGGACGCGGGCGGGGGCGGGCGCGGGACGCGGGCGGGGGCGGGCGCGGGACGCGGGCGGGGGCGGGCGCGGGACGCGGGCGGGGGCGGGCGCGGGACGCGGGCGGGGGCGGGCGCGGGACGCGGGCGGGGGCGGGCGCGGGACGCGGGCGGGGGCGGGCGCGGGACGCGGGCGGGGGCGGACGCGGGACGCGGGCGGGGGCGGACGCGGGACGCGGGCGGGGGCGGACGCGGAACGCGGGCGGGGGCGGACGGGAACGGGGGCGAACGCGGAACGCGGACGGGGGCGAACGCGGAACGCGGACGGGGGCGGACGGGGACGGGGGCGGACGGGGACGGGGACGGACGCGGACGGGGGCGGACGCGGACGGGGGCGGACGCGGACGGGGGCGGACGCGGACGGGGGCGAACGCGGAACGCGGACGGGGGCGAACGCGGAACGCGGACGGGGGCGGACGGGGACGGGGGCGGACGGGGACGGGGACGGACGCGGACGGGGGCGGACGCGGACGGGGGCGGACGCGGACGGGGGCGGACGUGGACGGGGGCGGACGUGGACGGGGGCGGGCGUGGACGGGGGCGGGCGUGGACGGGGGCGGGCGUGGACGGGGGCGGGCGUGGACGGGGGCGGACGUGGAACGGGGGCAAUGGGGGGAACGUGGAAGGGGGCGAACGUGGACGGGGGCGAACGAGAACGGGGGCGAACGUGGACGGGGGCGAACGUGGACGGGGGCGAACGUGGAUGGGGGCAAACGUGAACGGGGGCGAACGUGGACGGGGGCGAACGUGGACGGGGGCGAACGUGGACGGGGGGAACGUGGAAGGGGGGGAACGUGGAAGGGGGGGAACGUGGACGGGGGCGAACGUGGACGGGGGCGAACGUGGACGGGGGCGAACGUGGACGGGGGCGAACGUGGACGGGGGCGAACGUGGACGGGGGCGAACGUGGACGGGGGCGAACGUGGACGGGGGCGAACGUGGACGGGGGCGAACGUGGACGGGGGCGAACGUGGACGGGGGCGAACGUGGACGGGGGCGAACGUGGACGGGGGCGAACGUGGACGGGGGCGAACGUGGACGGGGGCGAACGUGGACGGGGGCGAACGUGGACGGGGGCGAACGUGGACGGGGGCGAACGUGGACGGGGGCGAACGUGGACGGGGGCGAACGUGAACGGGGGCGAACGUGA